AUGCUAUACGCUGACGACGCGGCCAUCGUCUCGCGCUCGCCGGAGAGUCUCGAGAAGAUGAUGUCGGUCAUCGUGCGCGUGGCCGGCCUGUUCGGACUGAUGGUAUCGGAGCCAAAGACGGAGAUCAUGUGCAUGCUGCCGAAAGGGAUCGAGGAACGCCCGUUCACGGUCAGCGCCGCCGGCCAGACGUACAAGCAGACAGAUCGGUUUGUGUACCUCGGACGUACCAUCUCCGCGGACGGGAAGGCCGACCGGGAGAUCACGAGCCGCAGCUGCCGAGCGUGGAAGUGCUACCGCCGGAACAGUGCUUCGAUGUACGACAGGCGACGGGCCGACCGCCAGGUCAAGAUCAGGCUACUCCAGGUUCAAGUGGUGGAGACUCUCCUGUAUGGGUGCGCCUCAUGGAGCCUAACAGCGGAGCACUACACCAAGCUCAAUGGGACCCACCGCCAGUCCCUUACACGGUGCAUCGGCUGGAGCAAGCGGAAACCCUCAGACCGCCCCCUGUCCUAUGCCCAGGCCCUCAUCCAGGCAGGCUGCGAGGAAACCAUCGAGGCCACCGUGCGCAAACGGAGACUGUGUUUCGCGGGCUUCGUUAUGCGCAUGGAGGACAACCGCCUCCCCAAGCGCAUGCUGUUAGGAGCAAUGGCGGGGGGCGUGGGAUACCGGGGCGGGCAGGAGAGCGACUGGGUGUCUCGUCUAGGAGAGGACCUCGUGGCCUUCAACAUGGAAGAUCAAAAGGGGGGAAAUGGAAACAGAGCGCCAAGGACCCGGAGGCAGGAGGCGGAAGCGUCCGCGAAGCGCCACGCGAGGGAAGUAGAAACAGAGAGUACGGCCAUCUCAAGACCGAAGAGAAAGAGAGUCAGGGAAGCGGCGGUGGGGGGGAAGAAAUGGCGACCGGGCACUGCUGUGGAAGCGAGUAGGGCGGCCGAGGCAGCACUUGUGGCGAACUAUGUGCCCGGCUGA